CUUCUAUUAUUCCUAUUUUUUGUGACGAGCAGAAGAGAAAUGACAGAGGCUAUUGUUUCUAUUGUUGUGGAAAGGCUGGGUGAUUUGCUCUUGGAAAAAGCAACAUCCUUCUACGGGUCCUUGCACGGGGUGAGUAACCAAGUUCAACAGCUACAAUAUGAGCUCAAACGGAUCCAAAGUCUCCUAAAAGACGCAGAUGCGAGGCAAAAUGAAAGAGAGAGUGUAUGCCGAAGAUAUUAUUGAGAGCUAUGCCCUCAAAGUUGGCUCCAGGCAGGGAGGAGGCAUACAAAAUGUCCUGAAAAGGUUUGGCUUCAUCUUGGGAGAAGCAAAAGCUAUUGAUCAAACUAGCUCAAAGAUUGGUGAAAUAACGAAGAGAAUUUCUACAUUGAACUCGCAUUUACAAAAUUAUGGCAUAAAAUUAGAUUCGAUGGAAGGUGGAGGCCCAAGUUCUUUGAGUGAGAAGAUAAGAGAGCAAAGGCAAACUUAUGCGCAUGUUCAACCUGAUCGUGUUGUUGUUGGAUUGGAGGAUAACCUGAAGGAAGUGGUGGCAUGUUUGACAGAAGAGGUCAAAUACAAGUACAGAGUCGUUUCCAUAUGUGGUAUGGGUGGUCUUGGAAAGACUACUCUUGCUAGGAAGGUUUAUCAUCACCCAAAAGUCAAGAGUCACUUUGAAUUUCGUGCUUGGGUAUAUAUCUCUCUACAAUGUCAAAUAAGAGAUGUUUGGGAAGGAGUUAUGAUCGAACUUAUCUCUCCAUUUGAAACGGAGAGAGAUAAAAUUCGAAAAAUGACAGAUGCAGAGCUUACUAAGGAACUUUGUGAAAUUCUACGCCGAAAUAAAUGUUUGGUGGUUCUAGAUGAUAUCUGGAAAGUCGAGAAUUGGAACAGAUUAUCUGCUACCUUCCAAUUGAAUGAUACGAACAGCAGAAUAUUGCUAACCUCUCGUAAUGUAGACAUGGCUUUGCAAGUAGAUCCAAGGCGGGGCCACCUUCAUGAAUUAAAGCUUCUAAAUGAUGAAAACAGCUGGGAAUUGCUUCAAAAUAUAGCAAUAUCAUGGAGAUCAGAAGAUUCUAAAAUCAAGGAAGAAAUGAGCUUUUUAGUAAAAGAGACGGUUAGCUAUUGUAAGGGUUUACCACUGGCCGUCAUUGUACUAGGGGGACUUUUGGCAACAAAGCAGACGUUAGAAGAGUGGAAACAAGUGCAUAGAAAUGUUAAAUCAUACCUUCAUCAACAGAAAGAUCUUGGAAUUAUAAGCAUGGUGUUAGCUUUAAGUUAUGAUGAUUUGCGUUCCCACUUGAAAUUGUGCUUCCUAUAUUUAGGCCAUUUCCCAGAGGAUUUUGAGAUACGGACUAAGGAGUUAAUUCAAAUGUGGAUGGCCGAAGGUCUUAUACUUCAAAUGCAACACACUGGAAGUAACAAGGAAACACUGGAGGAUGUUGGAGAACAAUAUUUAAAGGAGCUAGUUCAAAGGUGUAUGGUACAAGUAGGACAAAAGAGUUCAUUUGCAGGGAUCAAAACUUGUCGUCUCCAUGAUCUUAUGCGAGACUUUUGUGUGGUAAAAGCUAAAUCGGAAAAUUUUCUCCACAUCAUCAAUAUUAAUCAUGAGUCCAAUGAAAAAAUAGAAGCUCCCAUUGGUGAAGUUCGAAGAGUUGCUAUCAGUGGUGGAUCAAGUGAUCCCGUGAGGCUUGGAUUUAUAGUUCCAUCAACAUCCCUAAAAUAUUUUCACCUAAGGUCUCUUCUAAUAUUCUCUGUGCCUUUGAAAGUCAAAUCUAUGCUAAGGAACUUCAAAUAUCUUAAGAGUCUUGAAUUUUGGAAUGACUACCGAUCUUGACGAUGGCGACUAUAGGUCGGAGAUGGUUUCCCCCCCUGAGAUCAAAAGUCUCAUCAACUUGAGAUUCUUAUCUCUAAGGUCUACUGGUGUAAGAAGUAUCACAUCUCUAAGAAAUUUGAAGUUCUUGCAAACACUAGAUUUGUGGUGGACAUCUUGGCAAUUAGCUAAUGUGCCAAAUGAUGUGUUCAGAAAUAUGGAGCACUUGCGGCAUCUGUAUCUACCUCUGUUUUCCGAAGUCAGGGGGAAGUUGCAACUACCUAAUGCUAGUAAGCUGCAAACACUUGUGAAUAUUCCUGUUUUCAUUUGUGAUGUUAAAGAUCCGAUGGCUGGAUUUGACAAGUUUGGAAACAACUUAAUGCCUUCAAAUUUCA